AUGGAUUUACUUAGGGACAUUGUGAAUUAUUCUUUGCCUGAGGAUGCUGCCUUGUUCCUGACUAAGGAAGUUUCGAAUGAGGAGAUUAGACUUGCAAUCUUCCAGCAGGCUUGGGGGAUUGUUGGGGCUGACUUCACUUUGGCUGUUCGACAUUUUUUUGACCCUUCCUCCCUCCUGCAUGCUUUUAGUGCUACAGUGAUUGUUCUUGUUCCUAAAACUGUAAAUGUGAGCAGUAUGAAAGAAUUUAGGCUAAUUUCUUGUUGCAAUGUGGUGUAUCGAACUAUCACGAGAAUUUUGGUGAAAAGGUUGGGUGCUUUCUUUCCGGCUAUGAUUGCCCCUAAUCAAUCGGCUUUUGUUAAAGGAAGGAGCAUUGUUGAUAAUACAUUGCUAGCUCAGGAGUUGGUGAAGGGAUAUGUCCAGAAGUCGCAGUCCCCGCGCUGUGCUGUUAAAAUAGACCUGCAAAAGGCUUUUGACAGCAUUGACCGAAAUUUUGUGCUAGCUGUUUUGAGGGCUAUUAACCUGCUUGAUAAGUUUGUUGAGUGA